AUGGCGGACAAUAGUGCAAGUAGUGUAAGUCAAGUAAACCGCGUUGUCCUACCUGGUGAUGUUAUCGGUAGUGUAGCUGAUUUUGAAGGAAGUCUCGAAGGGAAAAAUAAAAUUAAGCUCGGUCCAGGCUUAAGAGAAGAAAAUGGUUUGAUCGUGGUCUACAAAGCAGGGAUUUUUAGACAUCGAAGCCCGUCAACCUACUUGAUCGAUUGCAAUCAAAGGAGGUAUGUUCCAGUGAAAGAAGAGAGAGUUAUUGGGAUCAUAACAAACAGAGGCUCUGAUAGUUAUAAAGUAGACAUUGGGGGUGCAUUGCCUGCUUCAUUACCAAGCCUAGCAUUUGAGGGAGCUACAAAGAAAAAUAAACCCAAUCUUCAGAUAGGGGAUAUUGUUUAUGCCAGGCUUUGUGUUGCAAAUAAAGACAUGGAACCUGAACUGGACUGCACAGAUGGCAGUGGAAAAAGUACUGGUCUGGGACAGCUGUUGGGUGGAUUUAUGAUCAACUGUUCACUUGGUCUUUCAAGAAAACUGCUGAGCAAAGAAUUUGUUCUUCUAAAAUGUCUCGGAAAGUACUUUCCAUUCGAAUGCACUGUGGGAAUGAAUGGAAGAGUGUGGAUCGAUUCAGCUUCAAUACCUCAUACCAUUGCUAUUGCCAAUGCUGUAACAAACUCGGAAUAUAUGAACAACAAUCAAAUUGAGACAAUGGUGAAACAGCUUGCGAGAGGAAUACAGUCAUAACAAUGGUAUAUUAAGCUUUUACUUUGAUUCAAGGUCUUCAAUUGUGACUGCAAGAACUAGAAAAAAAUGUCAGCAAAGUGAGCAUGUAUUUAGGUCUCUGGUUUUUUAUCAUCUCUCAGUUAGUGCAUGUGCUAUUGAUCAGUUUAGCAGGCUGUAUUUCACUGUACAACUUGCUAAAUUGAAAAGUUUGUUUGAAUUCAAGUCCUGCUUGCUUAGCACUUGGGCCAUAAAUCCAAGCAGAAAAAAGUUGGCCCAUGACUUAUAGUACAGACCUCUUACUUAGAGCCUCAUAUUUCAGUGUGUGGCCCACUAAAUUCAAAAGUCUGUU